CCGUUUCUAUAAUGAACAUUAAUCGGUAACAGUAAAUCGAAUGGCAAUGCUUUACAAUGGCGUCAGAAUCCAAUAUGGCGGAAGGGAUGCGAGUGAUGGAGUCCACCGUUCCUGCAAAACGGCUUCGUCUGGAUUAUCAAAGUGAAAUGUUGGCCAGUGAACCCAAAAACAAUUUCAGAUGUUUUAUGCGAAAUUCAGAUAUGCUGGCAAAUGGUGGGCGAGUGAGCAGCACCAGCAGCACAAGCAGCAGCAGCAGUGUAGCCAUGGAUGGAGGAUCUCUAACUUGUGACUCUGGCUUCAAUGAGCUCACACCUCCACGAUUUUCUGAAGAGGAGCCAUUGCAGCAACCUUCAUCUGAGCCUUCCAGCUCUCAGCUUCCACAUGGGAUUAAACGUCGUCACUCCAGCAGCAUUGAUGAAGAAGAAGAAGAAGAUGAAUGUGGGCCUCCAGUACGCCGAGCUCACCACACCUCACACCCUGCAGCUCCUGCUCUUGCUUCUUCUUGCCAGCCCUCAACCUCUGAAGGCUCCACUCCGCACCACCACAUCCACUAUUCUUCUCAACACAACGCUGCUGAUGAAGUCAAUGAUGAUAACUCGGUCUCCAGCGAUGACUCACGCACGAGUAGAUUAUCUAAUAGUGAAGAUGCUGGUGGUGAUGGCAGUGAUGGUGAAGAUAGCACUCCUGAGCCAUCACUGUGGGUGCAACAGCAGAUGCAACGCGGACAUAAUCCCAGAGCUGUUCUUUCAAAGGUAUUGGGAGCUGAUCCCAGCGACAUCCCAGACCAUGUGAGUGAUGAGAUGAUAUGGCGGCUGCUCCUAAACGUGCUCACUGAAGGACCAAGGAGAGAGCGUCUGAGGUACCUCAAUACUCUCGAUGAUGCCGUGCGACUCAUCAAAACCUCGCGCAGGAUUAUUGUCCUCACUGGGGCUGGGGUGUCAGUGUCAUGCGGUAUCCCAGAUUUCCGCAGUCGUGACGGCGUAUAUGCCCGUCUUGCUGUGGACUUCCCUAACUUGCCAGACCCACAAGCAAUGUUUGAUAUCCAUUUCUUCCGGCGCGACCCCAGACCUUUCUUUAAGUUUGCUCGCGAGAUAUAUCCUGGCCAGUUCACUCCUUCACUCUGCCACAGAUUUAUUCGAUGCCUGGAAUCACAUGAUAAGCUACUACGGAACUACACCCAAAACAUUGACACAUUAGAACAAGUUGCUGGCAUCACAAGAGUUAUUCAAUGCCAUGGAUCUUUUGCCACAGCCACAUGCCAAAGAUGCAUGCACAAAGUUUCGGCAGAUGUCAUCAAAGCAGAGAUAUUUGACCGGCAUAUCCCCAUGUGUCCUCACUGCACUCCUCCAUCCACCCCACCACCCUACCUCCUGAACCCCACUGGGGCGUCUAACACCGACACUACAGUUUCCUCUAAUUUCCUCCCACGCAAUCCCUGUAAGAAUCUCCCUGAGGCUAUGACGCCAGAUCAUGCUGGGGCCUCGAGUGAUGCUAAUCAUUCACACAAUUCAAGUUUAGAUGAAACGCCACCUCGUGUGGAGGACGAAGAUAGUAAUAUGGACUCUUUCAAUAUAAGUGGUAUGUGUUCUGGAAGCGAGAGCAGCAACGGUAUGUUAUUCCCUCAGCCAAUUAUGAAGCCUGAUAUUGUAUUCUUUGGAGAAGGACUCCCUGACGAGUUUCACGACUGUAUAUCUUUGGACCAAAACAAUUGUGAUCUUCUCAUCGUGAUUGGAUCUUCCCUAAAAGUGCGACCAGUUGCUCACAUUCCAAACUCCAUACCACCACAAGUCCCUCAAAUCCUCAUCAACCGCGAGCCUCUUGACCACCUAACUUUUGACAUCGAACUUCUGGGAGACUGCGAUGUCAUCGUCAAUGAGCUCUGCCAUAGGCUUGGCCCCAGCUGGAAGAACGUCUGCAACAGUGACGUGAGGCUGUCUGAAAUAAGAGAUUUGCCGCCCAAGCCUGAAGACUUAACCUGCAGUCCCUCCGCUGCCUCAACCGAAAGCUCGGCGGCCGCCAGCGUCGCGUCGAGUGCUGCUGCUGCUGCCGUGCCUGCCGAGGCUCCUCAUCCCAAGGACGAGGAUGACAUCGAAGCUUUGCGCGCCUGCUGGGCUCCCAAAAUAAGGGAAAGCGUUGCUGCCCGACUUCCUGAGAAUGCCUACUUGUACAACGGCAACCACCGCUACGUAUUCAAAGGGGCUGAGGUAUUCUAUGAUCCCGAUGACGUUGAUGGAGAUGAAGUUAGUCAAUCUCAGGAAGAUGAUGAUGAUGACGACGACGAUGAUGCUGAAGAUGAUGAGCUGGUGGAUAAUGAUGAUAAUUCGUCCUCUCCUACUCGAGAGACUUCGUCUUCCUGUCUUGAGAGCGUCAAAGCUUCUGCCGUCUUCGCCGACUCUGAAUCUUCCAUUGCUUCAGCUAAGGAACAUCUGCCUCGCUUUGCUUGUUUGUCAGAAGAGAAUUGUGAAGCGGUGUCGCCUCACAGCUUAGACGAUGUUGUAGAAGCUGUUCAGGCUGUAGAAGAAGCAGAUCAGCAACUGCUCGAUGGUUCUUAUGAGACUAAAACUGAAUAUGAUGCACCACAAGCUCAGUGCUGUGACACAAGCAGUGCCAGUUGUAAGCUGCCAGCGGCUGCAGCUAGUACAAUAGAUGCUCCCUGCAGGCACGAAAUUGACUCUCUGCUCCCCACUUCUGCACAUGAAGAAGAUUGUGCUGAUAGCGACUGGAUGACGCUGCACGCCAGUUUAGCAGACACUCCAUCAUUCGUACCUGUGCAAGAUGUUGACUCGGGUAUGACCUCUAAUUCAGAUGUGCCAGUCGGACAUUCUGCUGGAGCAACAGCAAAACUUAACGAUAAAAUAGAACCUAUUUCAUGCUGCUUUGUUGCUCUUUGACUUUCUCUUCUGCUAGUCCAGUAGUUGUACUCUCUAAGGAAAUGCGUUUGUUGUGUCGUCCCUGCCUGGCUUGCUAUCAUUCUGCCUGCCGGUACUGUCACAGAUAAAGGUAGUUAUGACUAUUAGGUGUUUUGCCUUAUAAGUGCAAAUAACUUGGGAAUGAUUGAUGUCCUGCAGUUAGUGUAAAUAGAUGUUGCAACGCAAACUAUUUCUCGUUGAAGCAAAGUGAAUGAAUGCAAAGUACAGUUUGGAAGUGAAUGAAUUUGAGUACAGUUUCCCUAAUCUCACUGUAAAAAUAUUUGUGUAGAUGAUACUGCAAUAGUCUUAUAACAUGUCGGCGUGGUGCAAAGAAAGUACAAGUGUCCAGAAUAUUUCCUUAUUCUACAUCGUUGUCAGGACAUUGAGUUGCAGCGAUGACCUCUCAUCUGUUCCUUUCUCAAGUUUUUUUAUAGAAAAUUAAACUCGUGGGGUAUUUUUUUAGAUAAUUAAAUAUUAAAAAAGGAUAUUAUGACUUUGGUAUUAGAUAAAAGCUGUAAGCGAGACGAUUGCGAAUGGAAGCUCUAAUGUAUUUUUUUUUUUUGCCAAAAAUCGCAAGAUUUUUCAUAUAAUUGUCAUUUUUUCCUGCAACUGGCACGUAUGGUAAGGUGACGUUGGGUACUGAGCCGCGCUUUCCAUGUUUCUGUGGAAUGUUUUUAAUAGAAGAGUUUCCCUUGAUCUCUCCGAUGCAGUUGUUUCUUAACACGUCUGCGGCAAACUAUCUUAUUUACUGCAUAAUUGUUUGCAGAGAGCGCAUUUUCUGGUCGCAUUUUCUAUCUUUAUCGUUCUCAGUUUAUUGUUGUUACACUCUUACUGGCCUGAAGAUGUGAAGUUAGUAGUGAAAUAAAUGUGAAGCGUAAUUAUGUAAGGAUUGCGUACUCGAUUAACUUGAUUGACCUAGAGCAAGCUGACUGCUCCUAACUUUGUGUCACGCUUGCGAGAUAGAAAUACAAUUUUGGUUAUUGAUAGACGUUGUUGUUCUUACUUCUCAACAAGCAGUGCAAAAUCUUGGUUGACGUAAAGCUCUAGGAACUAAAGUUUUGUCUUAUUAUGGCGCUGCCAUCCCACUAUCUUCUUCAAAAUGCAAAGGAGAAUUACUCAUAUGUGAGCCGUACGUUUGCAGCGCUAAUGCAAUUGAUGUGUUCAUCUUAUUUUGGAUAUUUGAUUUCAUGUGGAUAUUCCAACAAGACUCCUGUUUUUCAUUGUUUUUUUUUAAUCUCUGGUUCCUUCUUCAAGUUCCUCUUUUGGAAAAUGAAUUGUUGUACUGUUGUCUGAUGAAAAUUACAGGUUAUUAUUCUCCCGUCUUAAUGCAGUGAUGUGUUAUCUGUAUCACGCAUGCCUGCCGGCGGGGUUAAACUAUUGAGUAAAGAGAAUUUCAAGGUUCACGCGUCGCGCUAGUUACUUGCCAUUGUUUGUCUACACUUCUUUGUUCUCUAGUUCGUCGUUAAUUUGUGUGAUAAAUAUUUAUGUGGAGACAGCAAUUUUUAUCUGUAUUACGAUCGAAAUUUAUAAAGAAUUGUUUAUUCGACCUUCGAGAUGAGCAUCGUCACGAGCUGGGGAUGCCUUUACAGUUGAUUCACUUUUUUUUGUCAUGGGAACCAUUAAAUUUUGGUGUUGCUUCAGAAAAUUCCUAAGUUGGAAAAUAUAAAGCACAAGGAGGGUGCAUAGCAGUACAAUUUUUUAUUUACUAGUUGCAAUAUAAUGAAUCAAAAGGAUUAGAAAUUUUUGUGACGAAUCAUUUGCUGUUAUUUUUUAGUUUUCUCCCUUGAUAUUCAGUACAUGUUGAAUUUUUUUCGCCUAUCUUCUUUUUGUGUAUUGGUUUUCGUAUUAUAAAAAUUCGCCAGAUUAUGUGCACAAAUGAACGGAGUGAUUACCGUCUUUCCCAAACAUGCGUUCCUCUCAAAUCUGUGCAGGAUAACACGAUGUCUCUGUUCGUUGCAAACGUCGGUCAUGUUAUACAGUACAGCCAAGUUCUUCCAUUUCAUAUCAUCUGGUUCAGCCUCUUCCGUUUCUGUGCUGGUAUUGUAUUCAGUAUUAAUGGUCUGUUCAGCCGUUAAUUCACAACCAUAUGACGCUGUUAUCCUUUUGCAUUUUCAUCAACUUCCACCAACUUAAGGUAUUCUGUUGACAGUAAUUGGCGCUUAAGAUGUUAUAACUUUUUAAUGCCUCGUUAGAAAAAGAAAAUGAUGCGUCAUUCAAGAAUUAGCAUUCAAGCGGCUCUUGAAUUUCUUUGUGCUACGAAUCCUCGCUGUAAAGAGCAAUAUAUGUCAUGUCAUGUCAUGUGUUCUGCCCGAGUUAUCGUCUCUUAUUAUUCGUUACAUUAUUUUUCAUGGUUGGACUAUGAGAAAAUCUCGGCAAUGUUGUCCUACAGAUCUAUUUUCAGUUCCAUCUGUUGCGCAGAGAUACGGUCGCUUGCCAUCGCUGGUGCUUUUGCGUGUCUUCCGUUGCGAUCUUGCAGGUUUUCGUGCUCGCCACGUCACAUCGGAAUACGAAUGAUUUCGGUGUAUUUUCAAUAUAAUGAUUUCCUUUCAUAAACCAUUCGGUGUGACUGAAUUACUCAUCGUUCGUUGCAGCUUGCUUGUGGACGUCAAAUUCACGUAUACAUUUGAGUGCGGGCUGUUGUCCUAACGCCGUGGUAGUUAGGCUACAUGCUGCGUUAGGCCAGGUUCAUACCAUACCGCCGGCAUGUUACAGUCACGGUCCAGUCUAAUAUUCUUUAUUGCAUUCUUAACCUACUUAUUUUUUUCCGUCCUAAAUUCUUCAUUGCAUUUCUUAUAUAGAAGCAGAAGCAUUCACACCACGGGCAUGACAGGUGCCUUGCACGGCUGAUGUGAAAACAUCUAUGGAAAUGCAUUAAAGAAUAUUGGAGUGGGCCGUUACUGGCAUGUGCCCGGCAGUGUGGCGUGAGUCAAAACUUGAAAUGUGGUCAUUGGGAUAUUACAUUUGAAAAGAGAUUGUUAACUACCUUGCAAUGGCUUUGUCGGGAUAUAAACUACCAUGAAUUUUGUAUUGAUGGCGGUAUUGUUGUAGUUUUUCCUCCCUUCAGGUAGCUUACGUCGGUUUGCCUACUUAUUUAAUUCUUACCACUACGACUGCCAUGAUAUUAGAGUUCUAUGAUUUCAACUCCACUCCAUCGUGCGAUGUUUCGGUCAUGGGGGCUUGGGAGAAUAGUUUUCCUUAUUUUUUCCGUCCUGAAUGAAAACUUUUCUCAAGGGCUUUGUGUCCUCUUUUGUACAGCGUAAACUCGAUUCUUAUGUUAAUUUAUUCGUAGCGUAGUACUUCAGAUAACAUUCUAGUUGGAUUUUUGUUACGUCUAACAAUGGCAUUAUUAGUUCAGUAGCAAUGUGUACUUUUAACCCUGGGUUGUGUCCUCAUGAUAUAUUCCAGCAAUGCCUGUUUUGAGCAUAUGGACUUUCAUACUUUUAUAGCUACGUUUCAACUCUCAUGGUGUUGCCAGAAGAUUUAACUGACGACCGAGUCAUUGUUUAUACGCUGUACAGAUUGUGAAUAAUAAUAGUGCGAUACCUGUUUUUGUACAGCUCACUUGAAUAGACGACAGAAGUUCUUUUCACUGUUGGUGAUAGCAUCUUAAGGCGGUUCCUCCAUCUGCUAUUUAUUGUUGGUGAAGCGUGUUGCUGUGACGGAGAUCUAAGCCGAGGUUAGUUACUCCAACGCAGUGCGAGCAUGGCUCCUGUUGGCUGCUUACGAGGAACUGAUAUCCCGGAGAUUGAAAAUACAGUGUACAUUCA